AUGGUAUACGUUCGGCAGAGCCAGCUCCCGGCUCUCCGGGAGUACAAGUACUCGGCCGUGGACCGUUCUUUGACGUCCAAAUACAUCCUCAAGCCGUUCUACACCAACUUCGUUAUUAAAUGCUUUCCCAUGAGCAUGGCGCCCAACCUGAUCACAUUGACCGGGUUUCUGUUUGUCGUCGCCAACUUCAUCGCCCUCCUAUGGUAUAACCCCACUCUGGAUCAGGAUUGCCCCCCAUGGGUCUACUACAGCUGGGCUCUCGGACUCUUCAUGUACCAGACAUUCGACGCUGUCGACGGUACUCAGGCUCGGCGAACAAGACAGUCCGGACCCCUCGGUGAACUUUUCGACCAUGGUGUCGACGCGCUCAACACUUCCCUCGAGGUCCUCAUUUUCGCCGCAUCGCAAAACAUGGGUCAAGGAUGGAAGACGGUUGCAACACUUUUUGCUUCUUCUCUCACCUUCUACGUCCAGACUUGGGAUGAAUACCACACCAAGACCUUGACUCUUGGUAUCGUCAACGGUCCUGUCGAAGGCGUGCUCAUCCUCGUCGGCGUCUACGCUCUCACUGGGUACAUGGGAGGUGCUCAUUUCUGGCAACAAAGCAUGUUCCAAACUCUGGGGGUUCCCCUCUCCAAGAGUAUCCCACACCAGAUCUACAACAUGACCUGGUGCGAGUGGUAUCUUGUUCAGGGUACCGUGGUCUGCUUCUUCAACACUGUGGAGUCCUCUCUCAACGUCAUCCGUGCCCGUCGCGAGCGAGGCGACCGAUCUCGGGGCGCCCUUCUUGGGCUUCUGCCUUUCUUCGCUAUCUGGUCAUUGAUCAUUGCGUAUCUCUACCUUCAGCCUACCAUUCUCCACAACCAUCUUGUUCCUUUUGUGCUCUUUGCCGGUUUUGUCAAUGCCUACAGCGUCGGUCAAAUGAUCACAGCCCAUCUCGUCAAGCUCCCGUUCCCAUACUGGAAUGUUCUUGGCGUUCCUAUCGCUCUCGGUGUUCUUGACUCCACCGGCCCGUUGAUGCUGAAGCACUUCGGCCUCGGAUGGCCCAGCGCUCUUGGAAGCGAUGUGUACCAGGUCGCUUUUGUUUUCCUCAUGCUAGGUUUGGCCCUUGGCGUCUACGGAAGCUUUGUUGUCGACGUCAUUGUCACUAUUUGCGACUAUCUCGACAUCUGGUGCUUGACCAUCAAGCAUCCUUACCACGAGGAGGCAAACGGCAAGGUGAACAAGGUUCACUAA